UUUGAUCACCGGGAAAGAGAGAAUUAAUUAAUAAAAAGAACGGAUGAGAAAGGAGGCGGUAGUGGCGGCGGCGACGGUGACAGCCGUCGCAACUGUGGCAGGGGUAGCUGCAACUGUGAUGCAGUACAAGAGAAGAAAAGACAGAGAGAAGCAAACACACAGGAUUCUACGUAAAUUUGCGAGUGAAUGUGCUACCCCUGUUCCCAAGCUUUGGGAGGUUGCUAAUGCAUUAGUAUCUGAUAUGGAAACCUCACUUUCUUCCCAGGAACCUGGCACUCUCAACAUGCUUGUCUCCUACGUUACUUCACUACCCAAUGGGGAUGAGAAAGGGCUAUACUAUGGAUUGAAUAUGCGAGGAACCAACUUCUUGAUUUUGUGUGCGAGACUUGGGGGAAAGAAUGACCCAAUUUCUGAUUUGCACAGGGAACAGAUAUCUAUACCUUCCAAUGUGUUGGUUGGUACUUCUCAGGAGUUAUUCGACUACAUUGCUGUGGAGGUAGCCAAAUUUGUUUCAGCACAUCCAGCUGACGAUGACGAUGCAACAGCAGGGCCAAAAAAACUGGGAGUCACUGUGUCAUAUCCAGUAGACCAAAUUGCAGCCACCUCUGGCUCGGCUAUUAAAUGGAAAUGUUUCUCAGCUGAUGACACAGUUGGAAAGGCAUUAUUGAAUGACAUGAAUCAAGCUCUAGAUAAACAUGGUCUAGACAUGCAAGUUUUCUCACUGGUUGACGAUACAGUAGGAAAUUUGGCUGGUGGUAGAUACUAUAACAAGGACACUGUGGCUGCUGUUACUCUAGCACUCAGCUCCAAUGCUGCCUAUGUAGAACCGGUACAAUCACUUACCAAGUGGGAUGGACCCUCACCGCUAUCAGGCGAGCUGGCGAUAAGUAUGGAAUGGGGCAACUUCAAUUGCUCUAAACUUCCUCUAACUGAAUUUGAUGCUAGUUUAGAUAAAGAAAGCUCGAAUCCUGGCAGCCGGAUCUUUGAGAAGCUGAUUUCAGCAAUGUACUUGGGAGAAAUUGUGAGAAGAGUCUUGCUAAAUAUGGCCCAGGAAACAGCGUUAUUUGGAGAGACUGUGCCUCAAAAACUGGCUACUCCAUGCUUACUAAAGUCACCUGAUAUGGCUGCAAUGCAUCAAGAUACAUCAGAGGAUCAUCAAGUUGUUGGCAAAAAGCUGAAUGAAAUUUUUGGGAUUACUGAUUCUACUCCAAUGGCAAGAAAGGUUGUCGCGGAGGUUUGUGACAUAGUAGCAGAACGUGGAGCCCGUCUUGCUGGAGCUGGCAUUGUGGGGAUCAUAAAGAAGCUUGGAAGAGUGGAAAACAAGAGAAGUGUAGUAACUGUGGAAGGAGGACUUUAUGAGCAUUAUCGAGUCUUCAGAAACUAUCUCCAUAGCAGCGUCUGGGAGAUGCUUGGGAAUGAUCUAUCAGACAAUGUAAUACUAGAGCACUCUCAUGGUGGUUCUGGAGCAGGAGCUCUCUUUCUAGCUGCUUGCCAAACACAGAAUCCUGAUUCCUAA